UUAGUAGAAAGUAUGAAAACACACAAGAAAAUCUAAAAUCGCCAAAAAAAGGAACUCCGGAAGAACUUGACGAAGAAUCACCAGAAAAUGAUACAAAGUUAACGAAAAAUUACCAAAAAAUGAUGCAAAGUCAACAAAGAUUACCAGAAAAUGAUGACGCUAA